AUGCGCUACGUCCUCGCGGCGCUCGGCGCCGCGGCGGCGGCGGCCAUGUCGGCGAAAACGGACCGCUUCGCGGGCCGCUACGCUUUGGGCAAGAACUUGGGGCCCGUCAACGCCAAGGCCGGCAUGCGCUUCGAUCGUGAGGACGUCGGCGGGGACGUGCGCGUCGUCGGCGGCGCGUCGAGCGAGGUGCUCGGCGGCGCGAACCUCGCGAGCCUGCUGCGCGACGGCUUCGAGGUCGAGCGGCGCGCGAUGGCCGCGCUCGAGGCCGGCGAACCGGCGGAGGCGCUGAGCGUGCACACGUCCGCGGGCGUGCCGCCGCAGCUGGCGCGCUUCCUCGACGCCUGGGAGCCCCACCUGCCGCCGGCGGCGCGAGCCAAGGGCGACUGGUGCGUGAAUCUGCAGGCCGAGGGCGCGUCCGCGGUCCACGCGGCGGUGGACAUGGCGCUCCAGGUGAGCCAGUCGUCCGCGGACCUGAACCGGCCCGGCGCGAGGAACCGCGUCGCCUGCGGCGCGUCGUCCUACCACGGCCCGGCGUCGACGUCGCCCGGCGGCGGCACGCCGCUGGGGGCCGUCGCCAAGGGGCUCACGCAUCCCGUGCGCUACCCCGUGCCGUCGCCGUUCCUGCGGCGCCGCGGCGAGGAGGACGAGGCGUUCCACGCGCGCCUCUUCGCCGACUUCACGACCUACCUGGACACCUACGCCGACGAGAUCGGCGUGUUGUUGGUGGAGCCCCAGUGGGGGUCGUCCGUCGCCGCGAUGCCGUGGCCGGCCGAGUUGCUGAAAGCGUACUGCGCGGAGGCCAGGAGCCGGGGCAUCCCCGUCGUCGCCGACGAGAUCAUGUGCGGCAUCGGCCGCCACGGCCAGGGCGCCUGCUUCCUCACGGAGUGCUGGGAUUUGGACGUCGACGUCGUCACGUUCGGCAAGGCCAUCGGCGGCGGCGCGGGCAACCUGCUCUCCGGCGCGAUCCUGCUGGAGGGCGCGGCGGACUUCCGGGAGGCGUCGCGCACGGCCUUCCAGAGCCACACCUACGCGGGCUCGUCGGCGCGCGCGCUCGCGAACGGCGCGAACCUGCUCGAGCGGCUGCCGGAGCUCGCGGGCAACGUGCGGGACGUCCACGACGCCGUGGGCCCCAUCAUGGCGGACCUGGCGGACCGGUCCGACGGCGCCGUCCUCGCCCACGGCCAGGGCGCCCUCUGGGGCGGCCUCUUCGCCCACGAGGACGCCGCCGCGCGGACGGCCGCGAACCUCGCGUUCAAGAAGAAGUGCGCGGCGCGUUCCGUGCUGCCCUACUUCGUGCCCGUGGGCGGCUUCAUGCUCACGCCGCGCUACGACGACGAGCCGGAGCUCCUGGCGGCGGCCGUGGCCGACGUCGCCGAGGCCGCGCUCGAGACCGCGCGCGACAUGGGCUGGGCGAAGGCGCGGCUCCUGCCGUCGGCGUACGAGGGCCCCCCGCCGUCCGCGCGCCGCUUCCAGGGGCCGGACCCGGAGACCAUGGCGCCGGACCAGCGCGUCGUCUACGACGAGAUCCGGCGCACGCGGACGACGGGCGCGGACCGGGGCCCCUUUGGGCCGUGGCUCGCGUCGCCGCCGCUCGCGGACGCGGCGCAGAACUUCGGCCGCGUCUGCCGCUACGAGACGUCGCUCAACCAGCGCGAGGCGGAGAUCGCCAUCCUCGCGACGGCCUACGCCUACAAGGCGCCGGGCCUCUGGACGAUCCACGUCGGCGAGGCGCGCGCCGCGGGCCUCGAGGGCGCGCACGUCGCGGCGCUCGCGCGCGGCGCGCGGCCCGCGUUCGCGCCCGGCUCGCGGGAGGCGGCCAUCCACGACGCGACGGCCGACCUCCUCGCGUCGAAGCGGCUCGGCGACGACGCCUACGCGGCGGCCGAGGCCGCGCUGGGCGCGACGGGCUUGGUCGAGCUCACGUCCGUCGUCGGCUACCACGGCUACGUCGCGCUGACGAUGAACGCGUUCGAGGUCGACGACCCCCUCCGCCCGGCCGGCGUCAACAAGCGCGCGCCCUGGACCCACGACGCCGCGUCCCUCUCCGACGCGGAGCUCGCGGACCUCGUCUCCAUGGCGAACAAGGGCGAGCUCGACCUCGCACUGCGGACGCGGGGCGCGGCGAUCAUGGCCUCGAAAUUGGCUCUCGUCGCGCUCGCGCUCGGCGCUUCCGCCCUCCAGCUGUCGCCCGUGCGGCGCCCCGCGUCUCCCUCGCGGUCGGCGCUCUUCUCGUCCGUCGAGGUGAACCAGGAGCCCAUCGCGGUGACCGCGGAGGGCGAGUACGCGGCGAACGAGGGCGAGACGCCCAAGACGGAGCGGUUCCGCGCGAUCUCGCUCGCGGCCAUCGACCAGUGGGGCGAGAAGUACCCGCGGCUCCAGGAGAACAUGCAGGACGUCAAGCGGGCCGCGCUCAUCUUCCCGUUCAAGGCGUCGCCGUACCUCGUCGACGAGCUCAUCGACUGGGACAUGGAGGCGGACAUCAGGACGGACCCCUUCUACAAGCUCGUCUUCCCGACCAUGGACAUGCUCAGCGAUGAGCACCGGGAGUUGCUCGACGGCGUCUGCGACGCGGGCGACCCCGCGGCGAUCAAGGAGGCCGUCGAGGAAAUCCGCGAGUCGCUGAACCCGCACCCCGCGGGCCAGAAGGCGCUCAACGCGCCGAAGAAGGCGGAGCUCACGGGCGUGCAGCACAAGUACGCCGAGACCGUGCUCUUCUUCGCGGCGGCCGCGCAGACGUGCCACGCGUACUGCACUUACUGCUUCCGCUGGGCCCAGUUCAUCGGCGACCCGGACCUCCGCUUCGCGCAGAAGGACGCCGACUCCCUCUUCGAUUACCUCGAGGAGCACCCCGAGGUGUCCGACAUCCUGUUCACGGGCGGCGACCCGAUGAUCAUGCAGACGCGCAUGCUCAAGCAGUACCUCGAGCCCUUCAAGGAUCCCACGCACCUGCCCCACAUCAAGAAUCUACGGAUCGGCACCCGGGCUUUGACCUUCUGGCCCCAGCGCUUCACGACGGACGCGGACGCGGACGAGCUCAUGACGCUCCUCCGGGAAGUGAAGGAGAUCGGCGGCCGCCACAUGGCCAUCAUGGCGCACCUCGGCCACGUCCGCGAGCUGUCCACGGACAAGGUGAAGCACGCCAUCCAUCGCCUCAAGCAGGAGGGCGGCGUCAUCAUCCGCUCCCAGUCGCCGGUCAUGCGCGGCAUCAACGACGACGCGGACGUCUGGGCCGCCAAGUGGCGCGAGGAGGUGCGCCUCGGCGUCAUCCCCUACUACAUGUUCAUCGCCCGCGACACGGGCGCGCAGUCCUACUUCGACGUGCCCCUCGUCCGCGCCCAGCGGCUCUACGCCGACGCCAUCCGCGCGACGUCGGGCCUCUGCCGCACGGCGCGCGGGCCGUCCAUGUCCUGCACGCCCUUCUUCGCCAAGUACGACCCCAAGGCCAUCUGGUUCGACGACCUCGAGCCCCUUGACGGCAUGGAGCUCCCCUGGGAGGCCGCGGGCCUCCCCGUGCCCUGCGUCGACGAGCCGUGCCAGUCGUGCGCCAUCCUCGCGGCGCUCGCCGCCGCGACGACUGCGUUCACCGUCCCGCACGCGCGACGACCGCACGUGGCUCUGCGCUCCGUCGCGACGCCCGCGCGGGAGACGCUCUGGACGCCGACGGCCGCGACGGUCGAGGCGAGCGCCAUGAAGGCGUUCCAGCGCGCCGUCGGCGUCGACGGCGGCUACGAGGAGCUCUGGUCCUGGAGCGUCGCCAACGGCGACGCGUUCUGGACCGAGCUCAUGGACUUUGUGGGCGUCGAGCGCGAGGGGUCGCUCGAGCCCGCGCGCGUCGGCGAAAACAUGCCGGACGUCGAGUACUUUCCCAACUGCCGGCUCAACUUCGCGGAGAACCUGCUGCGCCACGGCAACGCCGGCGCCGCGCUGGAAGACGCCGAGGCCAUCGUGUCCAUCAGCGAGGCGCGCGACGCGAAGCGAUGGACGUUCGGCGAGGCCGCCGCGGACGCGGCGCGCGUCGCGUCCGCGCUGCGGGCCCUGGGCGUCGGCGCCGACGACGCCGUCGGGCUCUACGCGUCCAACGUCGGCGAGAGCGUCGUGGCCAUGCUCGGCGCGACGGCGACGGGCGCGACGUGGACGUCGUGCUCUCCCGACUUCGGCGCGCGCGCCGUCGCGGAUCGGUUCGGGCAGGUCGCGCCGAAGGCCUUGUUCGUCUGCGACGGCUUCGUGUCCGCGGGCAAGAGGACGUGCCACGCGGCCAAGGUCGCGGAGCUCGCCGAGAACCUGCCGUCCCUCGAGAAGAUCGUCGUCUUCGACGUCGCCGGCGGCGCGGCGGACGCCGGCGCCUGGGCCGCGUCCGACAAAGUCGCGGGCCUCGUCGAGUCCUGGGACGACUUCCUCGCCUCCGGCGACCCGGCGCCGACCUACGACCGCGUGCCCUUCGCCCACCCGCAGCUCGUGCUCUACAGCUCGGGCACGACGGGCCUGCCCAAGUCCAUCGCGCACGGCUGCGGCAACGCGCUGCUCCAGCACGCCAAGGAGCUCAUCCUCCACAGCGACCUCAAGGAGGGCGACAAGAUGCUCUUCUACACGACCUGCGGCUGGAUGAUGUGGAACUGGAUGGCGAGCUCGCUCUUCGCGGGCGCGGCGAUCGUGUGCUUCGACGGCUUCGCGGCCUACCCGAAGCUCCAGGCGCCCUGGGACCUCGUCGAGGCGGAGAAGGUCACGCACCUCGGCACGUCGCCGCGCUACUUCCAGGCCUGCCGCACGCGCGUGGCGCCGAAGGAGUCGCACGACCUCGACGACCUGCGGGUCGUCUUCUCCACCGGGUCCCCGUUGAUGAACGAGGAUUUCCGCUACGUCUACGACAAGGUGAAAGACGACGUCAUGCUCGCGUCCAUCUCCGGCGGCACGGACAUCUGCUCCUGCUUCGCUUUAGGAAACCCGACGCUUCCCGUCGUCGAGGGCGAGCUCCAGGCCUUCGGGCUGGGCCUCGACGCCUGCGCCUUCGACCGCGAAAACGGCGCCAGGGUCGUGGGCGAGAAGGCGGAGCUCGCGUGCCUGUCGCCCUUCGUGGCGGCGCCCGUCAAGUUCUUCGGCGACGACGAAGCGAAGACGAAGUACCGCGACGCGUACUUCGACGACGACGACGGCGUCUGGUACCACGGCGACCUCGUGGAGACGACGGGGUCUGUCGGCGCCGCCGGCGGCGUCGUCAUCCACGGCCGCUCCGACACGACGCUCAAGCCCGGCGGCGUGCGCAUCGGCACGGCCGAGGUCUACCGCUUCGCCGAGGAGCACCCCGCCGUCGACGACUCGCUCGUCAUCGGCGACCAGCUCAAGACGGGCAAGCGCGCGGGCGACGUGCGCAUCGUGCUCUUCGUCAAGCUCGCGGACGGCUACGUCCUCGACGCGGCGCUCGAGAGGGACGUCAAGGCCUUCAUCCGCGCGGGCGCGUCGGACGCGCACGUGCCCGCGCUGCUCGUCGCCGUGGACAAGAUCCCCUACACGAAGAGCGGCAAGAAGGUCGAGGUCGCCGUGCGCGACCUCAUCGCGGGCACGGAGCCCAAGAACGUCGGCGCGCUCGCGGACGCGACCGCGUUCGACGAGUACCGCGCGCUCGCGGCGACGUGGAAGAGCUAA